AUGGCAGACCGCCUUCCGCAGCAGUAUAAUAUGCACCCAGCCAAUUUUCCUGCCGGUCUUGCCUCCCAGCAACAGGGUCUCGUUGAUCCGCAUCUGAACGUCAACCCUCAGGGCAUGCAGUCGUCCGAUCAGGCUCGCAUAUGGGCUCAGCUGCAACAGCAGCAGCAGCAGUCUCAAAUACUUCAGCAGUCGUUUCGCCCUCCUCAGCAGGGUGCAGGCAUGAUGGCUAAUGCUCAGACGAAGCAGCAGAUGAUAGAUCUCCUUCGCAGCCACCAGAUGCGGCAGCGAGCCAACCAGCAGCAACAGAUGGGACAGCGACCGAUACAGUUUCCUCCACAGAUGAACCCGGCUGCGUCAGCCUCGUUCCAUGAGCAACUACCACAGGCGCAGGCCUCAAAGAAUCCCUUUUCGAAUAUGAAUGCGCAACAGCUGCAGAUGAUCGCCAACAGUACACCUCAGAUGGCCCAAAUACUUCUUCAGCGACAGCAGCAACAGCAGCAGCAGCAACAACAACAGCAGCGGCAGCUCGAGUUGAUGAAUAUGGCGCAGCAACAACAACCACAGAAUGGGGCGAUUCACAGCCCGCAAAAUAUGAUGCUCAUGCAGCAGAUGUUGCAGCGCCAGCAGCAACAACAGCAGUCCGAGCAGUUCCGCCAGCAGCAGUUCCAGCAGGCUCAGCAGCAGAUGGCCGGCGGACCGAUGGCACAGACGCAAGCGCCCUCUGCACAACAGCUUUUUUUCGCGAACAUGAAUGCGAAUAUGAACCAACAGCCCUCGGACGUUUCGCAGUUCCCCAUGCAGGUCGGACUGCGUCCCCCGACCGCCGGCGGCGGAUCGCAACAUCCCAUGGUUCCCCAGCAGGGCCCACUGCAGUCGACAGCUCAGCAACAGCAGCAGCACACGCAACAAGCGUCGAUGCAAUCAUCGCCCACGCCGCAACAGAUGUCGGAGUUGCGUGCGGCAACGUACCAGCAGAUGCGAGCCCGCGCGACAAAACUGCAGAGCAUCAUCCGCGAGCUUGAGAAGCAGCAACAGGAGCAUGGGUCUCGUCACGUUGGAAUGUCGGACAUGCAGUGGGAGUUCGAGAGAAACAGGAUUCUGUCAGAAAUCAACGAGAAGAAGCAGCAGUUUGCCGGAUUCGUGAAUGAGCUGAAGAGAUUAGCCACCGCGAACCCUACUAAAGCCUCGUUCAAUCUGCUUGCCGGCGGUGAGCAGCAGGGAAAUAUGAGCGAGGUAGCGCAGCAUCAGGGGUCUCCUCUCCCUGUUCAAAACAAUGCGCCUUCUGGCGCUGACGAAUCCUCCUACACAAGGGUCCGUCAUGCGGGGGAGCCCGUUACUGAUGCCUGGUCAACAGGCCGGGGGACCAAUGGGACAGGCUCCCCAACGAAUGCUCGGUACGCCGUUUCAGCAGGGCGCAACGCCGAUGCGCGCCUCGCCGCACAUGCCUUCGCAAUUCCCGAAUAUGCCCUCCAAUGA